CUGAAUUCCUAUUGUAAGAGAAAUGAUUAGCACACACACCAGAGACAACCCGACAAAAUCUCAGGCAUGGCGAUGAAAUCUGUAUCUGUAUCUAAAGCAACUUCUGAACCCCUGUACUGCACUGAGCAUGGCUUGGUCUUUAUGUGUGAGUUACCCACCAAGGAGGGACCUCAGUUUAGGGACAGAGAAGCUGUAGAAGUAAAACUCCCAGCCCAGUGCACUGUAGAGCAGCUCCGCCUGGUGCUUUGCAUGCAUGUACAGGAGACCAAGAAGUUCCCAGAUCCAUUUGGGCUUCUCGAUCCUGAGAAGUAUAGCCUGUUGUACACAAAGGGGGAAGAUCAGUAUGAAAUAUAUGAUGACUGUCAGGUGCUGAAAACGCUGGACGCACCCUGGUUUCAAAAUACUGAGGGAUAUCAGAUGGUCCAGAUUACAGUGUUUGCAAAGCAGGAUAAUCCAGAGGAGAGGACAGAAUACCAGCAGAUUCUAAAUGAGCUAAUCGGUUAUGAUUUUGACUGUGCAGCAGGGAAUCGUUUAAGUGAACUGAGCUUUACACGCAGAAAGUUUGCCACGCCACGUAAGGAAGAAUUAAAACACCGGGAUCCUGUGGCUUAUGCUACAGAACCCUGGACAACUUCUGCACCACUUUCAAAAGACCUGGAAGACCAACUCAAACGCAAGCUAACGGUCAUUCUAAAUCACAGUAAUAUGAGUAUACAGGUUAAAGCUGAUUUGUGUAAUACUCCUAGUGACCUCCUGAUGGUUCUUUGGGAAUCAAUGCCUUCAAAAGAGGACAGUUCAUUGAAAUGGUCAGCUGGUCAUGUUCUCAAAGUCUGUGGCCGAGAGGAGUUCCUGUGUGGAGAUUUCCAACUUUCAGACUUUCUCUGGGUCCGGCACUGCCUGAAAAAUGUGAUGGAGCUUCACCUCAGUGUGGUUGCCAUAGCCUCACUUCCAGAUGAUACCAUAAGAAAGGAAUACUGGCCCCAGGUUGACAGUCUUACAGGUCUCUCUAGUUCCCACGAAGACAUCUCAAUCGAGAGGAAAGAAUUGGAAGAAGUUGUGAUGAUAUCCCUUUGGGAUUGUGAGAGGAAUUUACGGGUGAAACUCCUUGGGUUUGAUAUUCCUGAACUGCCAAGCAAAAUCCCUCAACAUGUUUAUGUAGAGGCUUCAAUUAUUUAUGGACGUAAGGUGGUAUCAUCAGUUUGUUCCUCAUCAAAGGAAUUUGAAGAAGAGGUCUUGUGGAACACUUGGCUGGAGUUUGAUAUGCCUCUGAAAGAGAUCCCUCGUGGAGCUAAACUAGGAUUUACAAUUAAUGCCUGCAGCAUGGAUACAUCCCCCGUUAUAGACUCCAAGUCCCCUUACGGAUACAAAGUCCAAGAUUACCAGAAAGGAAAACAGAAAGUAUUAUAUUUUGUAAAUUUACAGUUGAUUGACCACAGGUCUCUCCUAAGCCAAGGGUCCCAAACACUUCAUAUGUGGUCCUUCCCAGAGCAGGAAGAAGAAGCAUUCACCUAUGAUGCAGAUAAGCUCUCUACUGCCACCAACCCUGAUGUGGCUAAAUCCAUGGCAAUCACAUUUCAGCUUGACCGCUACAGCUUCUCUGUUGUGCUGCCCCAAAGCAGGGUGUCAUCAACAUCUUCUACUGCAAUAUCUACUUCAUUCAAUCCUGGUCAUGUGACUUUACAAGCAAACACUUCCGACACACACUGUCUAAAAAGAUUCAGGGAAGAGAGUGUUCGUUAUGCUUCAAACCUCCCUCAGUUUCUCCGCACAAUAGACUGGUUGAAGCCCAGUGCUGUCCAGGAUGUUCACUGGCUACUGAGCCACUGGGAGCCUGAUGACUUGGAGCUCCCUGUUGCUUUGGAGCUGCUUAGUGUUGAUUACACAGAUGAGAAGGUUCGAAGGUUGGCUGUCCGACGACUGGAGAUGAUGUCCAAUGAGGAGGUACUGAGAUAUCUACUGCAGCUAGUACAGACCCUCAAGGUAGAACCAUACCAUGACAGCUAUCUGGCAAGAUUCCUCAUUCAAAGGGCACUCAGGAGCAAGCGAGUAGGACACUUCUUCUUCUGGUACUUGCGGAGUGAGGUGGCAGGUUGCCCGUAUUUCCGCCAGCGUAUGGCGGUCAUAUUGGAAGCGUACCUCCUGGGCUGCGGCGAGGCUAUGCUGACCAGUUUACAGCAUCAGGUUCAAGUUGUCAAGAUCCUGUACGAAGUGGCUAUCAGGGUGAAGACACUGUAUCCGGAAAAAAGCACUCUUUCACCUUUAGCUGCUCAGAAACUUCAGGAAAUCUUGCAGGAAUAUAGUUUCCCUCCUGAAUUCCAAGUGCCUUUUGAUCCAAGAGUCAAGGCAGGCGCAAUCAUUCUGAAGGAAUGUAAAGUGAUGGCUUCUAAAAAGAAGCCCCUCUGGCUUGAAUUCUCCCAUGUGGAGUCAGAGGCACCAGCUGGCUGUCCAGUCGGUAUCAUCUUCAAGCAUGGCGAUGACCUCAGGCAGGACAUGCUCAUCAUUCAGACUCUGAUGGUGAUGGACUCCAUUUGGCAGGAAAACUGCUUGGAUCUCAACCUGAUGCCUUAUGGCUGCAUUUCAACAGGAUAUCAAAUAGGUAUGAUUGAGAUUGUAAGAGAUGCUGUCACCAUCGCUGCUAUUCAGAGGAUUCAAGGUGGGACAACAGGAGCGUUUAAAAAUAAUGCCCUUUAUGAUUGGCUUAAGGGAAUGUGUCCCCUACAGGAGAAGCACUAUCAAGCAAUGGAGAAGUUUGUCACUUCAUGUGCUGGUUACUGUGUGGCCACAUACGUGUUGGGCAUUGGUGACCGGCACAAUGACAAUAUAAUGAUAACGAAACAAGGGAAUCUGUUCCACAUUGAUUUUGGACACAUCCUGGGCAACACAAAGAGCUUCUUGGGUGUGAGCAGAGAGAGGGUCCCCUUUGUCCUCACUCCUGACUUUCUGUAUGUUAUGGGUAGAGUGAAUAAACAUUCAAGCCUCUACUUCCAGAGAUUUAAGGACACUUGUAUACAGGCCUACUUGUCCCUGCGCUCUCAGUCCCGCCUGCUGGUCACUCUCUUCUCCCUCAUGCUGCUGACUGGAAUCCCUGAGCUCAGCACGGCACAGGACAUGCGCUACCUGCGGAAGGCGCUACAGCAAGACCAGAAUGAGGAAGAGGCAAGGCAGCACUUCCUGCAGCAGAUUGCUUUAUGUGAGCAAAAGGGCUGGACUGUCCAGGCUAACUGGUGGAUCCACUUGAUGGCUGGCAUCAAGUAAAUGAAAGAAUAAUAGAUGAGUUUUUGAUGUCUGGUGUCUUUAUUUGCCUUUCUGAUUGCAAAGUAAGUUUAUGUGUUCACUUUGUUGUUCAGUGUGAUUAAGAAAUGUCAUGCUGAUAAACAGCACUAAUUAAUA